CUUCAAAUGAACAGCUAAAUGCAGUUUUUCAAAGACAACAGCACGUUGAGAAACGAUAUAUUGGAUUAUUAUUAAAAUCAGCACGCGAGCAAAAAAGACCGCAGCUCAGAAGCAAUUUCAACAAUAAUUAGCUUCGCAAAAUGGCCACACCCCUGCCGAGUGUAGCCCCACCCUUGCAAUGGGGGAAGCCGACAAAACACAUCCUGCAGUCGGCGGGUGCUGACUGCGACCUUAUGAACAGGUACUGUACCACCAACUCCACCACCUUCGGGAUCCAGGGUUACAGACCUCGCGAGGGAUCCCACCACGGUACCGGAUACCUGACCAACGAACGAGCUCAGUAUCAGUACUCGCGACAAUUGGAUGAGUUCGACAAUCCCGUCAUGUCUCGGAUGCUUGCUGACUGUUACGAUUCGGUCACGAAGCAGAGUUACCGGCCGAAUAGCGUUCCUCACGGCCGAGAACCACUUCCGGCGCUCAUGAACGACAACGUGGGAACUGGAUUCACGAGGGAAAAGGCAGUCACUGUGCCGACAGUCGCUAAGGCCUACGAACCAUUUCAACGACCGAUGGACGGCGGAUUGCAAGUUCUUCCCAAGUUUCAACCGCAUCUUCACAAAAUUCGGCCAAAAGACCCGGUCGAACAAAAUCAUUACGGGCACGGUCCUGAAUACAUGGAGACUGAGUACAAGACAACGUAUGACAAUAAGUAUAACACGCCGAAAGAUUUGUUCACAAAAUCGACAGGUCCGUUGACCGACACAGGAUUCACUAGCAAUUUAAAUGUAGAACCAGUCACUUUCCACCACGACAUGCCGUACAAAGAUCUGCAGUUUAAUGAUCGGCCAACUGGCAGCACUGAGUACGAUUAUAGAUACGUUGACAAAACGAUUCCGAACGGAGCCGAACCAUUGCCCCACGCAAUUCCGACAGCCGGCACUCGUGAGAAUGGGUUCACGAAGGAUGUCUUGGAUCCGAAGUAUAAACCGAAAUACGACUUCAUGAGUUACACGGACUUGCAGCAAAUGCAGCCGACGACUGCUAAAAAACUGGCUAAGGAUGACCCAGCCGCAUUCAUGAGUGUGGAAAAUCCAAACAAUAAAACAGCUACAAAGCCUCUUUUCUACCAAGGAAAAACCACAGAAGAUCCUUCGCUGGCUAAACGUCUAAACAGGUCGACGCAUGGACCCAACACGGACACUGGAUUCAGCCAGAACACGACAAUUCUGGCUCCUGAAGUUAUGCUCCACGGACCGGACGACAAGCGUCGUUUUCUCACACAUAAUGACCUCCAGUACUACGACAAGAACCCAACUGGAAAACACAGAGAGGGUAGGGUCAUUGGAGCUGUUCAAGCGCACGUUGAAGACGCUUACACGAAGAGUGAGAAGGUACAUAAGUUGGGCACGGGUAAAAAGUGGGAUCCGAGCGACCAGCUGCGUUGCCAGAACCCGAUGCAAGCCAAGUCCAUCAAAGCUCGGGACACCUUCUUCGACGAUCACUUGCACCACCCGAAGAACCGCGACUACGAAGUGCCGAAGAUAGACAAGGACAACUCGUUGAGACCAGUGAUGAACAUUCAGAAGCCGAGACUGCAGCCGUACCAGUAUGACCCCAACUUCACGGGGGCGAAAGUGGGCAGUCCAAGGCAGCGACACACACAGCACUGGGCGGUGGCCCAGUACGAAGCCGCCUAGACUGAAUUAUGCUGCUGUUAUAUGAUUCGAUUCUGCUCUUGCUCUAGCUAUGAUGUAUUCCAAAAUAAUAGACAACAAAAAUUAACCUGUUUAAAAGAAUUAUAUUUCCAUCAAUGCGCACACUUGCGAAUU